CAUGGGUUUCUCCUCUAUUGCAAUCAAAACCAUCAAUGGAAUCUCAACCACCUGAAGAACGAAGCCAGCAGAGAAGCAAAGGCCUCCCUCAGGUCCUAGUCAUGAAACCACCACCACUUUUGACACUUUUCGAGGACAAAUUCAUCUCAAGCAAAUUCCAGCUCUUAAAAGCAUGGGAAUCAACUCUUCCUCUAGAUCAAUUCUUGACCACCUACGCAGGCUCAGUUCGAGCCGUCCUCUGCUCCGGUGCUACCCCUAUCACCCCUCGCAUUAUCCGGCUACUUCCUUCGUUGCAACUCGUCGUAACCGACAGCGCAGGCGUCAAUCACAUCGACUUGAAUGAGUGCAGGAGGAGAGGCAUAGCAGUCACCAAUGCCGCGGGUGUGUUUUCAGAUGAUGCUGCUGAUGCGGCUGUGGGUUUGUUGAUUGAUGUACUUAGAAAAAUCUCUGUUGCUGACCGGUUCGUUCGACAUGGUCUCUGGCCUGCCAAGGGAGACUAUCCUCUCGGUUUCAAGUUGGGAGGCAAGAGAGUUGGGAUUGUAGGACUUGGAAGCAUAGGCUCAGCAGUUGCUAAAAGGCUAGAGGCCUUUGGGUGCACCGUAUUAUACAACUCAAGGAAACCCAAACCAUGGGUUCCAUACCCUUUCUACUCCAAUGUUCAUGAACUCGCAGCCGACAGCGACGUCCUCAUCGUUUGCUGCGGAUUGACAGCCGAAACUCGGCACAUGAUUAACCGACGAGUCAUGGUGGCGCUAGGAAAGCAAGGGAUCAUCAUCAACGUAGCACGCGGAGCCAUUAUCGAUGAGAAAGAAAUGGUGGAGUGUUUGGCACAUGGGGAGAUCGGAGGAGCUGGUUUAGACGUGUUUGAAAACGAACCUAAUGUUCCUAAACAACUGCUUGAAUUGGACAAUGUAGUGCUGUCACCGCAUAGAGCUGUUUUUACACCAGAAGGUUUCAUGGCUGCCUGUGACCUGGUUGUUGCUAACUUGGAAGCUUUCUUUCAAGAUAAACCAUUACUUUCUCCGCUCAUACAUGAAUGAAUUAUUAAAUGUAAACAAUUAAUGUAACAAA